AUGGGGGUGUGUAUGUACUGCUUUGAUCCUAUAGAUAAGAGACAGAUUAUUGGGAGUGAUAUUAUCUCUAACAAUAAAAAAGCUUCUCUUGUGAAGAUGAUGUCUGCAAAAGAUAUGACUAAAGUAAUGAUUGUCAUGUUUGCAAUAUCUUUUCUUACUAAAUCGGAUGGAAAACCUAUUAAGAAGAGAUCUGUGAGUGAAAUAGAGCUUAUGCACAACCUGCGCAAACAUCUGAACUCAAUGGAGAGGUUGGAAUGGUUGCGUAAGAAGCUGCAGGAUGUGCACAAUUUUAUUCCCAUUGGAGCUCUUCUACCUGCCAGAGAAGGUGGUUCCCAGAGGCCCCGAAAAAAGGAGGACAAUAUCUUGGUUGACAGCCAUCAAAAAAGUCUUGGAGAGGCAGACAAAGCUGAUGUGAAUGUAUUAAUUAAAGCUAAAUCCCAAUGA